CUUACUAACACAGGCGGAUCACAUUCUUUUAUAAAGCUAAGAGUUUGAAAUGAUAACACACCACCAAAUAUUAGUACAAAUUAAGGCUUGAAUGCACCGACAGCAUGGACACUGCCCCUUUCCUCUACGCAUCUCUCACUAUUCUAUUCCUCUUCCUUAUCCGAAAACUAAGCACCGCAAAAACCUACCAUCUCCCACCAACCCCCGCCGCAGCGCUGCCCGUCAUCGGCCAUCUCCACCUCCUAAAACAACCCCUCCACCGCACCUUACACCGCCUCGCCCAAGCGACCGGCCCCAUCUUCUCCCUCAAGCUCGGCUUCCGCCGCUGCGUGGUGGUGUCAUCGCCACGCUUGGUGGAGGAAUGCUUCACAAAGCUCGACACCGCCCUCGCCAACCGCCCCCGAAUCCUCGUCGAUGACUACAUCGGCUACAAACAACGGUCCAUGGUCGGUGCCCCCUACGGCGCCUACUGGCGGAGCCUCCGCCGCAUCGCCGCCCAGGAGCUGCUCUCCUCCGCCCGCCUCAGCGGCUUCCUCCACAUCCGGCGAGACGAAGCCAAUCGCUUGCUCCUGAGCCUUCUCGAAGCUUCUCGAAGUUUUAGACAAGUCGAAUUGCGGCCGAAGCUGUCGGAGCUCACGUUUAACAUCAUGAUGAGGAUGAUCGCCGGGAAAAGAUACUCCGGCAAAGACGGCGAGGAGGGGCGGCGGUUCACGAAGCUGAUCAGCGAAGUGCUCGCAGCGGCGCAGGCUUCGAAUCCGCAGGAUUUUUUGCCGUUUCUGCAGUGGAUCGAUUACGGUGGUUAUACCAAGAAAUUGGCCUCUCUUGGUAAAGAACUCGACGAUUUUUUCGAGAGUUUGAUCGAUGAGCACCGCCGCCAGAGGAAAAAUUCGAUGAUCGGACAUUUGUUGUCGCUGCAGGAAUCGCAGCCGGAGUUCUGCUCCGAUCACAUAAUCAAAGGGUUCAUAAUGAGCAUGCUUAUUGCCGGCACAGACACAUCAUACGUGACAAUAGAAUGGGCGAUGUCCAAUCUAGUGAAUAAUCCUCGAAUAUUGGAAAAAGUAAAAUCAGAAUUAGACGCCAAAGUAGGAAAGGAGCGGUUGAUGGAAGAAGAAGAUCUCUCUAACCUGCCCUACCUCAACAACAUAAUCCUCGAAACCUUUCGGUUAUUUCCAGCCGCACCAUUGCUAUUGCCACACGAGUCGGCCGAGGACUGUCAGGUGGGGGGAUACGACGUCCCACGUGGAGUAAUGGUGCUUGUGAACGCAUGGGCGAUACAUAGGGACCCUCACGUAUGGGGGGAAGAUGCAAUGAUCUUCAAGCCGGAGAGGUUUGAAGGCAAACAUUUCGAAGCUCAUGAGCUGAUGCCAUUUGGGAUGGGGAGGAGGUCAUGCCCAGGCUCCACUCUCGGGCAACGGGUGGUGGGCUUGGCCUUAGGGUCCUUGAUUCAAUGCUUUGAGUGGGAGAGGGUUGGCUUGGAGGAAAUUGAUUUGGGUGAAGGGGAAGGCUUAACCAUGCCUAAGUUGGAACCAUUGCAAGUCAUGUGUAGGCCAAGAGAGAUCAUGGAUAAGAGUGACAAUCUUUUUUCAUAGUGUUUGAUGUUAGUUUUAUGCUUGGUAGAACAUCGAGCUCGAGAUUAGAAGCUUGUGAUGUGUUUGAAGCUAUAUAUAUGUCUUAUUGAAUAGAAGUAAAUGUUAGUUUUGUAUUGUAAAUGCAAGCAUGUAAACAACGAUUCACUUAUUAUAAUUUAACUUAUUUCCAGAAAA